AUGGAUUCCGAGCUCAAGAAGACCCUCCAACCUAAGGUUAUUCAACAUUCAGCAGUCCAGCAGAUGCCAGUUCACCACACGGAAGUUCACCACUCGGGAGUUCAACAUGACGCAGUUCCACAUGACGCAAUUACACACGCGGGAGUUCAUCACGCGGUAGACCAACAUGCGGCAGAAGGCUACAAAAGCAACCAGCAACUAAAAUGCACCCGCUCUCAAAGAGACAUGAAGCAAGCCACUGGUCCUCGCAUCCAAUACCGAUCCGUGACUUGGCGCAACAUGUCCGACAAAGUCACUUUCCUAGAGCGAAAGUGCGAGUCACUCCAAGAUAGGGUCGCUGCCUUGGAACUGAAUGCUCAACACAGCCGCGACGUUCCCCUUCCCAGCUAUGAAACGGAAGACACUAUCUCGGAAUUUGAGAGUUGCUUCGAAUUCAUUAAUCCCGAGAACGAAAACGACAACGACAAAGAUCAGUCUGGCCGACAUCAUGCAAACAGCUGCUCUGGGAAAGAUAGGUCUGCGUCAUCGCACAAGGAGCAGGGGCUGCCGGACAGCUUUAAGAAAAGGCUUUGCAAAAACGAUACCAUAGUCAUCGAGAUUAAGGCCAGGAUUGCCAAACUCCUGGGUGAUAUCGAUGACGUCGUACGUGAAAUGAAAGAGACUCACGAGGAUAUCAACUCCAAGUUACUGCAAGAUACGGAUCUGGCAGUGCGUAGUCAACAAGGACUUAGUGGACAGCCAAGCGCUCCCGGUGUUGCUAGGGCCGGGGCCUAUGGAAAAUUUGAGGGGCCUGCUGGAGUUGUAGAUAAUCACUGA